UUCUUAAUUAAUUCAGAAGCUAUAGUCACCUUAAUGGUUAAAUAUUUAAAUAUGAAUCAAAAUAAUAAUGUAAAAAAAAUGCCGUCAUCAAAGAAAUGAAGUGAACAAAAAGCAGUACAGUUUCAUCAUUUCGGCAAGUGUGGUUGCAUAUAAUUGAUUUGCAAGAUGGCUGCUCAGUUAUUCAAUAAUAUUGGAAGGUUGGGAUUGGGACUAGCUAUUGCUGGAGGUGUUGUAAAUUCAGCACUCUAUACUGUGGAUGGUGGUCAUCGUGCAGUUAUAUUUGAUAGAUUUGCUGGAGUCAAACCUAAUGUUAUUGGAGAAGGUACCCAUUUUCUCAUUCCAUGGGUUCAGAGACCUAUUAUUUUUGAUAUUCGAUCCAGACCUCGGAAUAUUCCUGUUAUUACUGGUAGCAAAGAUCUGCAGAAUGUAAAUAUUACCUUGAGAAUUCUGUUUCGUCCAGUUGCUACCGAGUUACCUAAAAUUUAUAUGACCCUUGGUAAUGAUUAUGAUGAAAGAGUUUUACCGUCUAUCACUAAUGAAGUUUUGAAAGCUGUAGUUGCUCAGUUUGAUGCUAGUGAAAUGAUAACUCAGAGAGAGUUGGUAUCACAAAAAGUGUCUGAAGAGCUGACAGAUAGAGGCUCUCAAUUCGGUCUCAUACUUGACGACAUUUCAAUUACUCAUUUGACAUUUAGUAAAGAAUUCACCAUGGCUGUUGAGAUGAAGCAAGUUGCACAGCAAGAAGCAGAACGUGCAAGAUUCUUAGUAGAAAAAGCUGAACAACAUAAAAAAGCAACUGUUAUCACAGCUGAAGGUGACACACAGGCUGCUUCCCUUUUAGCAAAAGCUUUUGGAGAAUCUGGAGAAGCUUUAGUCGAGUUGAGACGUCUAGAAGCUGCUGAAGAUAUUGCCUAUCAAAUGUCAAAAGCGCGGAAUGUGGUUUAUUUGCCCAGUGGACAAGGAACUUUGUUGCAAUUACCACAAUAGAAAUCAUGUAAUUAGGUGAUUGUGUAAAUCAAAUAUUGAUUUUUGUAACGGAUCUUGAAAGACUAUAUGUUCGAAAGAAAGAAAAACUUAUUAGAAUCAGUCAUCUAUGGAUCAAUCAUAACAAAAGUUAAUAAAUUUCAUUUUUUGUAAAUUA